AACCUGUAAUAAUAGCAAUGAUAAUGAUCGUUAUUGUAGUUGUUAGAAUUUGUGUUAGGCCUACUAAUAUGAAUAAUUGUAACAAUAGCAACGAUAAUGAUAUUGAUAACUGUAGUUAUUGCUAUUUUAAUUAGUAUUAAUAUUAUGGACUUUGUGUUUGGUUGGCUGUGGGUCCUGUGAUGUUUAGAGACGAUGUCGUUCUGUUUUAGAGCUCAUAUCUUCUGUAUUCCUCUGUCCUGUCCUAGACUCACCGUCACCCUGGAAAGAGGGGAGAGAGCACUUACUGGAUGAACUCGAUGAAUUGACACUUCAGGGCUGGAUGCUUCACGACAAGAGUCUCUACCGUGUUUCUACUACUAAGAAGGGCUGGAGGGCCAGUAGAGAAGACUAUCAGAAGAGAAAGGCAGACCUGGUGGUCAUCAACAGCAGAGAAGAACUGGCGUUUGUCAGCAGAUUGAUGGAUACUUCCUGGAUUGGACUGAGUGAUCGAGAGAAAGAGGGGACCCACAAGUGGGUGGAUGGUACCCCCGUGACCUCAAGUUGGAGACACGUUAAACCACGCGAUGACGGCGGAGCAAGAGACUGUGUCGUAGCAGGGGAGGACGGCUGGUCUGAAGAACCGUGUAACAGACUGCACCACUGGAUCUGUGAGAAGGUCCUAGACCUGGAUCAUCUGGAGGCUGAGCGGAACAAAGAGGGUUCAGUGAUGCCCACGGAGGAGGAGGAGGCCCCCAGCAUCACAGAGUUCCACUCCUCUACCCAAGUGUUGCCCGUGGGCCAAACGGCCCGCUACACCUGCCACGCCGGCGGCACGCCGGAGCCCACAGUAGAGUGGCUCCACAACGGCAGGCCCUUGGAGAGGGACGGCACAGACGAUCAAUCAGAGGCCUGGGUGGAGAGGGGCUUCCUCUUCGUCAGAGGUGGGAGGUACGGCGUGAACACGGUCUGUUGCAUGGCGAGCAACAGCGCUGGCACGGCCAAUCACAGCGCUGAGCUUCUUGUCUUUGAUGCCUGUGACCUCACACUGGACCCCAACACGGCCAACGGACUCCUCUCUCUGUCUGAGGACAACAGGAAGGUGACGUGGGUUGGAGAGGACCAGUCGUAUCCGGAUCACCCAGACAGAUUUGACUCCCAGCGCCAGGUGUUGGGUAGAGAGGCUCUGACUGGCCGCUGUUACUGGGAGGUAGAGUGGGGAGGAGGGGUUGUUAUAGGAGUGACAUACAGAGGAAUCACAAGGAGAGGAGCGGGUGGUGACAGCGGGCUUGGAGGGAACAACAAGUCCUGGGUUCUUUAUUGUGAUGAUGAUGGUUACUCUGCCCGGUACGACGGUACAGAGACAGACCUCCCUCUCCCCCCCGCUGGCUCCACCAGAGUAGGAGUGUAUCUGGACCGGCCUGCUGGCUCUCUGUCCUUCUACAGAGUGUCCCCAGGUGGAGGAGGGUCCUCAGACACACUGACACACCUCCACACCUUCUGGUCCUCCUUCACCCAGGAGGACCUCCUCCCGGGGCUCUGGGUCUGGGGGUGGGUGGGGUCCUCAGCCUCUCUGUGUCGGUUGUAGAAAACAAAAAGGAGCUCCUCCGGGGCUCUGGGCUCUGUCAUCAGCGGUAUUUACGGGGCCCCUGCGCGCCCGUAAAUACACACACACACACACACACACACACACACAAGAAGGGUGCUGAGGGGGGUCGGCGGAGCCGCUCCCUCUCU